CUGAAUCACUACAUAGCAUUUACUCUGAGGAGAAGUUAUUUUAGGACUAUAUCUCCUAGACCAGGCCUGUCCUAGACCUACGGUCCUCCAAGAUGGAUCAGGACUUACAGCCCCCGCCGGGCGAGAGCCCAUACGACAACGCUGGUGAUGCGGCGGCUGUUGGUCGUAAUACCGAGGAACAUGCCUACGACAACGCCACGUACGAGAUGGACACGGGCGAACAGACCACUGUCGACAUGCAAACACCGGAAGAACCCGUCAAUGACAUCCCCAACGAUCCCGAGCCUGACGUCGUCGCCGAUCCCGGUAAUGACUUAGACAUUGAUGCCGAGGGCGAGGUCGUUGUCGAUGAGGAGAUGGAACCUUCAGCCGUGAUUGAAGUCAAUGCAGUUGAUGGUGACGCGGAUGUGGAUCCUAAAGACGAAAUUGAGAUGGUGAGGCUAAAUGAUGGUGAAGAGCUACCUGAAUACACAGAACCGGAAGAUGAAGAGGCCGGUCCACUCCCGAGCAAAUCAAGGGGAGAUUCAAGGAUAUACGAGAGCAUCAAGAGAACACCUGCAGGACCAUCUGCGGGACCAGACAGUGAAGAAGAGAAGCUCAGGCAACAAAAAUCGCUCAAAAUCUGCAUCUUUCUCUUUAUCAUCGUUCUGAUAGGAGUGAUUAUCGGUCUUGUUGCAUUCUACAUCGUUUACUCAGUGGGAUUGGCGGCCGCUACACUUCCAAGCACAACGACUCCAGGUAUCAUAAACAUGUGUUUCUAUCGUUGA